GUGAAAGGGGUGUUGGUAUAGUUGUUGGCAGAAGCUAGAGUCGUUUUGUUUCGAGGCAACGUCGAGGCUCGGUGCACGACGUACAAGUCAUCGGUCGCAUGGUCUUGGGCAGAUUUUUGGCCAAAGAAGGAUUACGUGUUACAAGAUUAAUGCAGCAAAGCUGCUUAGAAGCUAGGAAUGCGAAGGUUUGACUGCAUUAGUGAAGCCCUUCCCACCUUUUGGCCGAGCCGAGGCUAGGCGCGUUUAGUCCUCACAAUCUCGGACAUGGCUUUAUUCGAUGAUUUGGAUGACGCUCUUUUAGAGUACCUUUUGCGGUUUCUUAACAGCACAGAGCUCCGAAGUAGCGCUUGUCUUGUUUGCAAGCGAUGGCUCGCGAUUUGCCGCAACACCUCAAGCGGUCAGCAGCCCGCCGGCGGCGUUUGGCGCCACUUAGACAUCGAUGUCUACUGGGAGCUCUCCCACCCCCGCGGCCUGGGCGGCCCCGCCCCGCCCGCCCUUCUCUGGCACCAGGCCCUCCACCGCACCCACCGCCCGCAUGACGGCAGUGACGGCAGGGGCGCUGCUGCCGCUGCUGCUGCUGCCAGCACCAGCGGCUGGAGUCUUGGCAACUACGAAGGCCGGAGAGGCGUCAUAAUCAGCAACAACAGCGGCGGCAGCAGCCUCCCUCGGCCCCGAGGCAGCAGCAGCAGCAGCAGGCCUGGUCGCGGUCGUGCCUUCCUGAGCCGCGCCGCUCUGUCAUCAUGGCUGCGGGGCAAGUGGGGUGCGGUGGAGGUGCUGAGCCUGGCGCACACGGAGGCGAGGGUGACGGUGGUGGGCAUGGAGCGGCAGCCGGCGCCGCAUGACCUGCAGCCCUCCGACCUGCUCGCGCUGCUCUCCAGCCUGCCCUCCCUCACCGAGCUGCACCUCACCUCCGCCUCCAACCUGCUGCCCGACCUGGCAGCCCUCACAAGCAUCACAACCACCACAACCACCGCCGCAGCACCUGCCGCCACUGCUGCUGCCAGCACCGCAGCAGCUGGCGCCCCUACCGCUGCUACCGCUCCCGCCGCCCCCACUGCCAACGAAGCAUCCACAAGCGCUGCCACAGCCGCGGCCGCAGCUGCCACAGUCUCAGCCAUCCUAUCGUCCCUACCACCCCUAACUUCCUCCUCCUUACCUUCCACCCACCUCACUCCUCCACCCACGACUCCCAUCAACCCCACCACUACCGGCGAGUCCCUUCCCCCACCUCCUCCACCACCACCACCUCCUCCGUCCCUCGCUCCUCCCCUCACCACCCGGCUUCGGCGGCUGUGUCUGCGCCAGUGCGGCUACGACCUACGCAGCGAGGAGGGCGCUACUGCAGGUGCUGCUCUGGGUGCUGCGGCGGGUGCGGGUGCAGGUGCUGCGGGUGUGGGUGCGCUGGGGCGGCUGGUGGGGCUGCAGGCGCUGGAGCUGUCGCUGCACCCCGCCUCCGAGUGGGGGCUGGGCCGGCUGCCGGAGGGCUGGGCGGAGCUGAGUG